AUGUCAGCAACGUCAUCAAUUUGGCGAAAUGGAUUUCGUUAUGUGUUGCUGAUCUUGGGAUUCUUAUGUCUCACUUCAAUCUGCUCAAACUAUAUUAUUAUUAAUUUCACAUUUAUUUGUAUGGCUGGAGAUGACUCAGAAAGAGUCGAUGCUGGAAAUGGAACCUUUAUAAAUCGUUUCGACUACAGUUCAACUGAGAAGAGUUCAAUAAUAUGGGCAGUGGCAGUUGGGACAAUACUGGGAACGUUCCCGAUUAACUACUUUUACAUAAAAUUCGGAGCAAGAUGGCCAUUUUUUAUUUCUGGUAUAAUGUCUGUGUUUUCCACUGCAUUUAUUCCAUUAGCUGCAUCGCUUGGCUUACCGUAUUUACUCUUUUGUCGAUUCGUGCAGGGUCUGGCUUAUGCUGCUGAUUUUGCCGCUAUAGGAAUAUUGUGUGUCCGUUGGGCUCCUCUAUCCCAAACGGGACUUUUUAUCAGUGUAUUAACAACGUUCACGCCGGUAUCCACUGUCAUCACUAAUCCGUUAUCCGGUUGGCUUUGUGAGUCAACUCUUGGCUGGCGUUCAGCUUACUACAUACAUGCAGCUUUUGGACUCUUCGUUUUCAUUUUGUGGAUUAUCUGUUAUCACGACGAUCCACACCUGCACCCAAGCGUUAGCGAAAAAGAGCUAUCUAAGAUUCAAAAAGACAAAACGCAAGCUCAUAUCGAACGGGACAGUUUUGUUCCAUACAAGGAAAUAAUCAAGAACAAAGUGAUUUUAAUUGUAUGGUUCAAUGCUUUCACAGAAAUGACGACGGUAACUUUGCUGCUCGUCUAUGCUCCUAUCUAUUUCCAUAAUGUGCUAGGCUACGACAUUCCCACAACUGGCAUUCUUGUAUCGUUUGCGGCCAGCAUUCAUCUUCCACUCAAGUUCGUUGGAGGGCUCAUCAGCGAUCACGUCACAUGCGUGUCGGAACGUUACAAAAUGUGGUUCUUCAACUCAAUCGCUGUCGGUUUAGCGGGCGUUUUUUGCGCGCUGAUCGGAGUGUUUCCAGCUGACUGGUCAAAGACUGGAGUAGCACUGUUUACGCUCGUAAUUACGUGCAUGGGAAUGAAUCCGGGUGGAUUUUACAAAUGCGGCACUCUUUCAUCACGCCAAUACGCUCAUUUUGUCUUGGCUACUAUUCAGUUCAUGAAAUGUGUUGCACUAUUCGUUGGACCUGCUAUGGUCGCUUUCUUAGUAACGGAUGAGCGAAACCACGAUCAGUGGAAAUAUGUGUACUGGAUCAACGGUUUCUUGCUGAAUGUGGCAAAUUUCGCCUUCAUUCCUAUCGCUACUGACAAACCAGCUCCAUUCACUCUUAUCACAAGAACAACUAGAAAAGUCCACGCUGAAAGCGCUGAUGGUUUUCCGGGAAAUCCAAUCGCCAGUAUUGAGAUGAAUAGAAACAAUAGGACAAAUAAUGGAUCUCGACAUUGUAUUGUAGUAAAUAAAUACCUAUGA